UUGGCUCUUUUUUGAUAUCCUAAAGGCCGAAAACUCUUAAACGGAUGCYGGAAAGAAGCCUCAUACAGUGCUUUUAGUGACUACUUYARAGMGAACUCCUUACAAUACGGCGAGGAAUUUUCGUUAUCUGCAKAUAUCAAGUACGUGGCCGCGGCGUCAUGUGAAAYAAGGUUCAUAUACUGAUAGCAAUCUUAGUUACGACUACAAAUACUUCAAAAGGUUGAACAGUAAACUGGUGCUGUUUCAGUUCCGAUCAUUCACAAUCAUCAUCCCAAACCAUUGGUAUUUUCAAUUAGAUAAACCACAGUCAGAGGUCAGUGUAAGGGCAGGUUUCAACAAAUCUAAAUGUCAGUGAAAAAGGCSUUUUGUCAUAAAAGAUUAUUGUUUCAUUCAAGUGGUUAUUGAAAUWSAGUUUUUCUGGAGUUAAUUACUUGUACAAUUGGCUGCGAAGUUGGGGCGCCUUAAACGUCACAAGUAAGAAAAGAWAUUUUUAAAGAAARCCAAACCUCAAAUUKACUGGUCACCAUCAAUUACCAYAUAWUGAUUUAAACCGCACAUAAAGAUAACUUCAAAGAUAACGUUCAUGACKAGAUGAUUAUUGAUAGAUGAUGUCAUAGGAUCCUACAAUAAGKCAGGUUUGUCGUCCAAACUGUCAGACAUGAACAACACGAGUGUGAUUGUGAAUGCGUCCGUUCCUUCUCCAGAUCUCUCGCUAGAGUUUCGUAUUGUCAAGAUCUCGAUUUACGUGAUUAUAUUCCUACUAACUAUCAUUGGAAAUGGUCUAGUAAUUUCUGUCAUUAGYCACGACAGGAGAAUGCGGAGUUCGUCACAUAUACUGGUUUUCAACCUUGCUAUAUGCGAUCUUAUAACUCCAACUAUAAGCCUUCCAUUUGACUUGGCCUAUGAGGARUUACAUUACCAUUGGCCGUUUGGKUCGACCAUGUGUAAAUUGCUGUGGCCUGCACAGACGUUUUCAGCAACGUCUUCAGCUCUCAUCCUAACCGCGAUAUGYAUAGAUCGAUACCGUGCUCUUGUAUUCCCAUUUAAAGUGCGAUGGGCUGGCAAGUUUUGCUUAAUGAUUUGUUCAUUAUAUGUUCUUUCCAUUUUGGUGGUUGUUCCGUAUGUUUACGUUCUACGAGAAGUCAAAGUUGGGGAGACUUUUGACUGUACAGAAAARUGGCCAAAUCCACAGAAGAAGUUCCGACAAGCUUAUACUAUGUUGCUAUGUCUUCUUCAGUAUUUCCUGCCUUUGUUUAUAAUGGUUGCAYUAUAUUCUAUCACUUUAAGAAGUCUGUUCAAUAACAGCAAAUCAUUGCCAGGAAUGCUAGGAGGAGAAAUGYCUUCAACUAGUGGCGAUAACCAAGAAACGGAGAAAAGGAUAAACGCGUUAAAAGAAAUGCGUAAAGAACAACAUUUCAAAGUAACCAAGAUGUUUAUCAUGGURGUAAUUGUCUUUGCCAUAAGUAUGUUUCCAAACCAAGUCUUUUGGUUAUGGGUAGAUUACGGGACUUUAGCUGUCAAUGAAUAUUUUUCGAUGACGUCGAUCAUUUGCAGGAUUUUUACUUACUCCAACAGCGUUCUAAAUCCAUUCAUCUACGGACUGUAUAGUAAAGAUUUCCGUAAAGGUUACCGUAAAGCUGGCAGACGUAUUUCUAAACCUCAUCAUAGACAAUCUAUGUAUUACAACGUGUCACAGCCAAAGAGAGAGCAGUGUAACAGUUUCACCAUGAACGAGUCUCAAACUGUACUUCUACAYAGUAAUGURAAUGGSACUUCACAUCCUGUUGGUAUCAAAAMGRUUCAUUUUUCUCCUGAAACUACUACGAGUGAAUUAAAAAAUAAAAGCGAGGGUAUCGAAGUAGUAGAAAAUGYACAAAUUAAAUCAAGYAAUAUCGACCAAAAUCGUGGCACUUUUGACGUGAACUACAAYGCAAAGGGAGACCCAUGCAAUUCUAACAACAUUCAGAGAAAACAAUGCGGAGUUUUGAAAGAUACAAGUAAAAAUGAAGAAGAAUGUUAUGCUCUUGACGAACUGGAUACCGAUUACUUAAAUGCUUUGGAGGAGACAUCUUGCUGAUGAUGAAAGAAGUCGUUUUUCUCUGAAGUAAUUUGUUACACAAGGCUCACGCACGCAGACAUUUUAUUUAUUGCAGACCCUGUAGAAAAAAAGCUGUCGAUAUGGUGUAAAAGGUGAUUUGAUAAGGCCGUGUACAUAAGCAAAUAAAAAAAGAGGUAAAUUAAAAGCAUAAAAUAUUAACAUUUUAAGUCUAAUAGCGCUGCGCGGAUAUUACGUCACAGAUUUCGACCCCCCGCUUGCAUUCGGACAAACGUUGAGGUCAAUACAAGAGAAAUGUAUGUGGAAUUUACAGGCGACUCAUUAAACUCGCUCCAAAAUGCAGAAGUUUUGACAGAAAAUGACGAUUUUCCUGGUUCAAAAUAAUCCAGACAACUAUGCUGUCAAGCAAUUAUAACGCUAGUUGAGAUGUGGGGGUAAAAAAGUGCAAGGAAAGCGAGUUGACUUAGUUGCUCGCGUUAAGAGACUGUAUAGGAACUCGUUCAUCCUGGCCAUGUGCCGUCUCUGACGAUCUAAUUGCUUCCAUAUCAAUAUAUGAACUGUAUGUUGGACUCAGUUUUUUAAAUAGUUUUUAUUUACAUGACUUAGUAAAUAACCCAAUUCAGCUCUUUGGCUGCGAUUUAUCUUUGUUUAAUAAACUAUAUCUAUAACUCUAACUAUACGCUCGAGGAUGCUUAGACAUAUGACGGACAAACCUUUUAAAAACGGACGAAAACAUGUCGAUUCCCGUUUUGUGCGAUGUAACAAGGGCAACAGACAAGA